AUGGGGCAGGAGGCCUUCCAGUUCUGGAGAGUAACGUGGCGUUUCACUGAUGCCUUCGCCAGGAAAGGCGACUACAUCGAGCUCGAGCUCUACGAGGAAGACGACGACACUGGACAGCCCGACGACCGCUCCGAGUGGAGCAAAGCACCCCAGCGCGGUGAGGGGUUAGACCGCGUCAACGAGAGGGAGCAGUACGGAAAGCAGUACGUCGCGCCCCAGCGCGGUGAGGGGUUAGACCGCAGCCGACCCUCGCAGGGCGAGACUGCGGGGUCAGGCGACUACAUCGAGCUCGAGCUCUACGAGGAGGACGACGACACUGCACCCCAGCACGGCGAGGGGUUAGGCCACAAUUUUCCCCUGCGCGGCGAGGGGUUAGGCCGCAAUGUGUACUUCGAGCUGGAGCUCUACGAGGAGGACGUCGUGGAGGUCACCGCCAGCGGCGUGUCGCAGACCGGCUUCGAGUGCAGCUCGAGAACUGGGCCCACCAUGCUGGUCCGCCAGGGGCGGCGGGCCCCGCCCCGCCUCGCUCGCGGGGGCCUCCCUGCCGCCCGCGCCGCGGGGGCGGCAGCGAUGGCCGCGGCGGCGGCGGCGGCGCCGCCGGGCGGCGAGGCGGAGGAGAGCGGAGGCAGCCGCGGCGCCCAGGAGCGGCGCAGCGCCGACUUCGAGGCCUACUACGCGGCGGCCUUUGCGGCGUCGUGCCACUUGUCGGAGCGCUGGGCGGAGGCGCUGGAGCGCCUGCGCUCGCCGGCGCCACUGGCGGUGCGGCCCUUGCGCUGCUGGGCCGGGUCGGAGGCGUGCCGGGAGCGCCUGGCCGCGGAGCUCGACGCGGCCCUGGCGGGCGUGGCGGCGGAGGCGGCCGCCGUGGGCGCGGCGGCGCCGGGGCGCGAGUGGCAGCCCUGCUGGCAGGCGUGGGAGUUGCGGCGGGACCCCUCCCGGAACCUGGCGUCCUGGCGCGCGGUGUCGCAGCUGCUGUACCGGGCGGAGGCGGCCGGCGAAGUCGCGGUGCAGGAGCUGAGCUCGAUGCUCCCCGUGGCGCUGCUGGACCCGCGGCCCGGAGACGCGGUGUGCGACCUGUGCGCCGCACCCGGCUCGAAGUCGCUCCAGAUCCUCGAGGCCAUUGGCGACGGCAGCGCCGACGGCCACGGAGGCGGCUCGGGCUUCCUGCUAGGCAGCGCUCCAUCUCUUGAAUGCUCAGCGCUGUGUGGAAGGAGGCAUGGUUCGAGGGCGGGAGCUGCUGGAGGAACUGAAGUGAGGGCAGGCCGUGCGCUCCAGAACGUCAGGCAGUCUGGUGUGGGAAGUCGCCGAACAGGCUCCCUGGCAUCGCCCGGGCGUGUGCAUGGUGAUCGGUUUCUGAUUCAUCGGCUUGCCGAUCGGCGCGGGCCCUCGCACCCCCUUUCCCACCCCCUGAUGUAG